CACUCACCGCCCUCCAGAUGAAACAAGGCGUCGGUAAAAUGUCGUAGUAAACAAAUAUGACAGUUGUUGUAGUUUUUGAGUUAUAAAAUUGUUAUUCAUUAUUUUAACAAUUUUACUCUUAUGAAAAUGGAGAAAGAGGCCACGCCGUUAGUUUGUAAGGAAGUCCUAGAUAUUAGUAAUAUCCUUUGGGGACCAUCAGUAAAGAUAGAUGUAUUCAGGAGAUGGGCACAAGGUUUCCAUUUCAGUAAUGAAGAACCCACAGCACUUUUACAGUGUGAAGGAGGACCCUGUGCAGUCCUUGCCCCAGUUCAAGCCUUUAUAGUCAAAACUCUACUAGAGUCUGAUUCAAUUGCUGAGUGGAGGCAGGCAGGUUCUGAUAGCUGUAGCAAACUGCUGGUAAAGGCAGUUUGCGACAUUUUAAGUCAAGUGAAAGAAGAACCAGAUUGCAGAUAUCAAUUAGUUGAGCUUCAAGUUGUCAAGGAAAGUUCUGAUCCAGACACAAUCGGCUCCCAACCAAACACCACUACUUCAAGUUCUAGCUUGAUUAAUGGACUAUCAAAUGAAGUUAGCAAGGAUGAUAUUCAGCUCAUUGAAUCGUCAAUCAGCUUAAGACAAAACCUGUCACCUGAUGAGUUCCACUCUCAAUUGAAAGUUUUAACUGUAGACAGUAUUGAAGCUGUGGAACACUUUUACAAUGAAAGAAUAAGUAUGCUACAAAACACUUACGGAGUAUUACUUUUAUUGUAUGCAGUUAUUUGUUCAAAGGGCAUUGAUCAAAUUCAUGAAGAAAUGUCUGAUCCAAAUGAAUCUCUUAUUGAUGUCGUUCAUGGCUAUGGGAACCAGUCUCUCAUCAACUUAAUGUUAACUGGCCGAGCAGUUGGGCAUGUAUGGGAUCAUGAGCAGGAUGUUGGAGGCCUUAAGUUGCGAGGCUUAAUCAAGCAAAAUGAUGUAGGCUUUUUAGCUUUGUUAGAACACUUGCGCUAUUGUGAAGUUGGGUCCUUUUUCAAGAAUCCCAAACAUCCAGUUUGGGUCCUGGGCAGCGAAACACAUUUAACUGUCCUAUUUUCUUGGGAGAAGAGCUUAGUUAGUCCGGAAACAGCUGGUGAAGUAGCUCGCCGCGUUUUCAAGCGUUAUGACCCUGAUGGAAAUAAUUUCAUUCAAUCUUCAUCCCUUCAAGAUGUUUUACGUGACUUGGAUUUAGUCUCUGAAACAGAAUAUGUUGACAUUAUGCGUCGGAAAUUAGAUCCAGAGGGCCUAGGAAUUAUCUUGUUGUUGGCAUUUAUGGAUGAAUUCUAUGCCGAUGAGAGGAAGACCACUCCUGAUGUCUUCACUCUGUUUCAUUACAAUGGUCUACCUCAUUCAUGCCCAGAUGGUCGAGUUGUGUACCAAGAAGGCUCUGCUAUCCUUCUUGAGACUGAUGUACAAUCAAUAUUGGAAAGCAAUCCUAUACAGACUGUUCUACAAACUAAAUGGCGAAAUAUUGAAGUCAAUUGGAAAUCAGGUGUCUCUCCAUCAUUGAAUUAGUAAAUUGCCUCACCUCAUUAUGGUUUUCUCUUGGCCAAAGGCUGCAUGAAACAAAAUAUGCAAAUGAGAAGACAACCGUGUGUCAGUGCACACAAGAAUGAACAAGUAAUUGGAACUGAAUUAAAUUUUCAUUGCGACAGAGUAUUUUUUCAGUUAAGAACUGAUUUGAAGGAUGAUUAUUUGUAUUUGGUGAUGAAAUGGGAAGUGAUGUAUGUGUGUCUUCAUGACUUGCAGGUAAAUGAAGGGACAACUUAAACACAGGGUGACAUUGACACGUCUUUUUAUGACUCCAUUGUGGCAAGACCACCAAUUGAACUUCAGCAAUUCUAAAGUUUCUAUAAUUGGUGCCUUUUUCAGAUAAAUGUAUGUCUAAUUUCUAAAUGAUUAGGUAGAAAUGUUGUACGUUUACUUAGGAUGGAUUUUCACUGGAAACCAUGAUUUUCUCCAUAGCAAAGAACCACAGUGAUAAUGCUAAUGCAAUGGUAACAUUUUGAAUAAAUUGAAAUAUUGAUUGAAUAGAAAUCAUAUGAAGAGGCUGUUUCUUUAUGAACAAUUUGGUUGUCUGCUUAAAUUUACUGUGGAAAUUUGUUUGAAGUCUUCAGUACUUAAAGUAGUACCUCUAGGAGUGAAAUCACCCCAAGCUGUGUGCAUGGCUAUCUUUAUUAUGUUUAUUAGAUUCAACCCUGUUCCUGCUCUUUAAAAUUUAUCUUAGAAAUUUCCAGCUCAGCUGUAAAUUUUUAGGGGAUCAUUUGUGACAAGUUAACAGUGUUUGGCUAGAUGUUUUAAUUUUGUUUUCUGGUCAGGAAAAGAUCUCUGAAAUGAAUUGUUUUUUUGUUUGUUUUUUAUUGUCACUUUGGUUGGCUGUUAGUACAUAGUUCUCUUCUGUUUUUUUUUCUGGUGCAUGUGGAAUAUUAAGAAAACUGUACAUUCAUGUAUUUGUCAAUCUUGUGUCACAAUAAUUUCAUCAUACGUCUUUUUUUUCUUGCUCAUGCAGUCAAAUUGUACUAACUUAUUGUUUACUUAUUCAAGUGAAUUUUUAUAGUAUAUUUUUAAAAUAAAGAACCAAAUAUUCUGCCUGAA